AUGGCUAGCUCUUCACCUUCCCCUGACCUAUGGAUGAGCGCUGUCUCGCAGCUGAAGCCCCAAUAUCCGACGCUUCUAGGAGACUUGCGACCCUUCGCCAAAGCUAUCGGGCCACAAUCCGUGAUUAGUGCGGUGGAGGAAGAACAGGAAAAGGUCAAACGAAGACAAUGGGAGUCCAAAGGGAGGGAUGGGAAAGAAGCUAUUGUGCUGCGCGACAUCUUUGCGAAUAUUACAAGCUGGGUGCAAUAG